CCACUUUUAAACGACAUGCAGUGUGUCUCCUGUGAAAACAAACACACUACUUCGCCUACAACAAACAAUUCUCAAGCCCCUGAAGAACCCCCAACUAAAACCCUAACAUCAAGAAUCAACAUCACCAUCAAAAGAAAAAUUGCAAUAAUCAUGCAAUCUCCAAGAUUCCUAAUCAACAUUUCCAAACAAAACCCUAAAUCCCUCUUCUUAUUCUACAGUCGCAGCAACACUCGCCUAAUUUCAUCACAGCAACACCGCUUCAUCUUCUCAACAGCAUCGGCGUACUCAUGGAUGGACUCAAUUAAAGGAGUCUUUACCGGACAAAAAGGAGACUCCAAAGACACCGCAGUGCAGUCCUUCACUCUAAUUCGGUUUGCUGAUGAGUUAAAGAAUGCAAGAAGAGUUGGGUCGUUCAAAAAAUUUAUAGUAGGUAGAAGCAGUGAAGCCACAUUUUCUGAUGCAUUUGAAAAAAUGGAACGGAUUAUUAGAUAUCUUAGUGGAUUUGAUCCUACUGGGGAGAACCUUCAAACAACUCAAAAGCAAGAAGCUGCAAAGCAUUGUAAUUGCACUAUAGCUGAAGUUGAGAGAUCGCUUGCGCAGUUUACCUGGGCUAAAGAAGCGCAAAAGAAGCUUCAGAAGUUAAAAGAAGAAGGGAAACCUGCACCGAAGAGCAUAGCCGAGAUCCAAAAGCUGAUGGGGUCAACACCAUUAGAACUUGCUAGGUCUAAUUUGGCUAAGAGUGGGCAGUUAAGCAGAAAUGCGCUCUGUCCAUGCGGUUCCAAGAAGAGAUACAAACGGUGCUGUGGAAAGGAUGAGAAGGUUUAAAAGGUAAAAUGGUUGGUAGAUCAGAACUUAGGAGUUAGGAGUGAGGACCAGGCUUGGAUAGAGCUCCUUAAAGAUGAAAGAAAAGGUGUCGGCUCAAUCCAAUCUCGUUGAGGUCGUUUAGCAAAUUUCUGCAUAGGCGAAUUGCCUAAGAGAGGACCCCUUUUCAUUUGUAAUUUUGUUUUCAUUACCAUGAGUCAGGUUCCGUUUGCUUGGCACUUGGCAGCAAGUGAGAGCAUGUAAUUUUAUGUUCAGAACUUGCUAUCACUAAGAAUGCAUCAAGGUGUGGCUGCUAUCACUAAGAAUACACUCCUUCGUUUACCACUAGAUUAAUAUACUAAAUUAAAUCAUUUACC